CCUUUUCUCUGGCCUCAAGCAUUUUAAAAAAGCCGAUCUCUUCCACUCACGUCCUUCGUUCAGCAACUUCUCUCUUUUGCCUCAACCUUCCCUUCAGCCCCCCUUCCAUUCCGUCGCCUGUGGUUGGGUUCCCUUUUCUUCCUUUUGCUUCUCUUUCUUGAAUACAGGAAACUGUAUUGAAGCACAAGGGAUUCACUACGAACACGUCUCCUGAUAAUCACACGCGUGCCCCUUGGCGAAGACCACCGCUCGAUAUACACAUAGGCACAAUGGCGCGACUAUCGAGUCGCAACGGUGCGGCCAAGCCGUUCACUGCUUGGACCACCAUCUUCUACCUUCUUCUUGUUUUCAUCGCGCCCCUGGCAUUCUUCGGUACCGCACACGCUGAGGAGGACUCUGUACAAGACGAUGGACCUGUAAUUGGUAUUGAUUUGGGUACUACCUACUCUUGUGUUGGUGUGAUGCAGAAUGGAAAGGUCGAGAUCCUCGUCAACGACCAAGGAAACCGUAUCACUCCUUCCUACGUCGCCUUCACCGAUGAGGAACGCUUGGUCGGUGACGCCGCUAAGAACCAAUACGCUGCCAACCCUGUCAGGACCAUCUUUGAUAUCAAGCGUCUGAUUGGUCGCAAGUACGAUGAUAAGGACGUCACCAAGGACACCAAGAACUUCCCCUUCAAGGUUGUCAACAAGGAUGGCAAGCCCGUCGUGAAGGUUGACGUGAACAAGUCCCCCAAGACCUUCACCCCUGAGGAGGUUUCCGCCAUGGUCCUCGGAAAGAUGAAGGAGAUCGCUGAGGGCUACCUCGGACAGUCUGUCACCCAGGCUGUCGUCACCGUCCCCGCCUACUUCAACGACGCCCAGAGACAGGCUACCAAGGACGCUGGUACCAUCGCCGGCCUCAACGUUCGCCGUGUUGUCAACGAACCUACCGCCGCCGCUAUCGCCUACGGAUUGGACAAGACUGGUGAUGAGCGCCAGGUCAUCGUCUACGAUCUUGGUGGUGGUACCUUCGAUGUUUCCCUCCUCUCCAUUGACAACGGUGUCUUCGAGGUUUUGGCUACCGCUGGUGACACUCACCUUGGUGGUGAGGACUUUGACCACCGUGUCAUGGACUACUUCGUGAAGCAGUACAACAAGAAGAACAACGUUGACAUCAGAAAGGACCUCAAGUCCAUGGGUAAGCUCAAGCGCGAAGUCGAGAAGGCCAAGCGUACUCUGUCUUCCCAGAUGUCUACUCGCAUUGAAAUCGAGUCUUUCCACAACGGCGAGGACUUCUCUGAGACCCUCACUCGUGCUAAGUUCGAAGAGCUGAACAUGGAUCUGUUCAAGAAGACCCUCAAGCCCGUUGAGCAGGUGCUCAAGGAUGCCAAGGUCAAGAAGUCCGAGGUUGACGACAUUGUCCUUGUUGGUGGUUCUACCCGUAUUCCCAAGGUCCAGGCUCUUCUCGAGGAGUUCUUCGGUGGCAAGAAGGCCAGCAAGGGUAUUAACCCUGAUGAGGCUGUUGCUUUCGGUGCUGCCGUCCAGGGUGGUGUCCUUUCCGGUCAGGCUGGUACUGAAGAUGUCGUUCUGAUGGAUGUCAACCCUCUUACCCUCGGUAUUGAGACCACCGGCGGUGUCAUGACCAAGCUCAUCCCCCGUAACACCGUCAUCCCGACUCGCAAGUCCCAGAUCUUCUCUACCGCCGCUGAUAACCAGCCUACCGUUCUGAUCCAAGUUUAUGAGGGUGAGCGUUCCUUGACCAAGGACAACAACCUCCUCGGCAAGUUCGAGCUUACCAGCAUUCCCCCCGCCCCCCGUGGUGUUCCCCAGAUUGAGGUCUCCUUCGAUUUGGAUGCCAACGGUAUCCUGAAGGUCAGCGCCAGCGACAAGGGCACUGGCAAGGCUGAGUCCAUCACCAUCACCAACGACAAGGGCCGUCUCUCCCAGGAGGAGAUCGACCGCAUGGUCGCUGAGGCCGAGGAGUUCGCCGAGGAGGACAAGGCCAUCAAGGGCAAGAUCGAGGCCCGCAACUCUCUGGAGAACUAUGCCUUCAGCUUGAAGAACCAGGUCAACGACGAGAACGGCUUGGGUGGCCAGAUCGAUGAGGACGACAAGCAGACCAUCCUCGACGCCGUCAAGGAGGUCACAGACUGGCUCGAGGACAACGGUGCCGAAGCCACCACCGAGGACUUUGAGGAGCAGAAGGAGCAGCUGUCCAAUGUGGCCUACCCCAUCACCAGCAAGCUCUAUGGCUCUGCUCCAGCUGAUGAGGAUGACGAGCCCUCUGGGCAUGACGAAUUGUAAAAUAUUUAGAGGGAUGUAUGGAGUUUUAUCUUGCUUUAUUGGCUGGUUUGAAUCAUUUUUUAUUAGACCUCAAUACAUGAGGUGGCAGGAAUAGCAUGAUACCUUGAAUAUUAUCUGACUAGCUUCAAUCACAAGAUUCUCC